AUGCGAGUUGGUGAGAAGAGGAAAGGCAGUCCUGAUGUACAACUUCUUGGUGGAAAGAGAAAAGACACGGAUGGACGGAACGAACAAAAGAAUGUUGUUGAUAAAAAAGAAACUGCAGCGAGAGAUGUUAUUGCAAGGCAGGACAUUGAGACAAGGAAGAAUGAUGUGAGGGUACGAAACAAGCGGAGAAUUGUUCGGGCAGUCGGUGACACAAACCUCGCUGCGGAACGCAACAUCGGUGCAACGAGUGAUUUUCUUAUUACGAAAGUCAUCAGAGCAAAGAAUGAUGGUGGUGCAAGAAAUGAUGAAAAGGCGAAGGAAAGUUCUGGCACCAGAAUGAGCGCUGAGCAGAGAAAUGAGGGUGAUAUGACCAGCAACACAACAGAGAUCACAAGGAAAGAUUUUGCUGCCCACAAUAAUAGUGACUCCAAGGAAGAUGCUGGCAGUGUACUCAGUGGCGAAGAAAGUGACAACA